AUGACUCCAACGAUCACCCGCAGCUGUCGGCCUGCGCAAACAAUGCCCAAAAUGACAAUCUCUACUGCUCUCCUCCUCUGCGCGAGCACACUUCUUCUCGCCUCCCCCGCCGCCGCGCAAAAUUUCCCAUACGUGCCCACAGAGAUUCUCAUGCCCGACCUAACAUGCGUUGACGGCAGUGUUCCAUGCAGUGCUUCGAACCUAGCAUACAUCUUCCGACAAACAGCCUCAGGCAAUGUUGAAUUUCGAUCCCUCGACUUUUCCAAGAGCAUCGAUGCGGACGAGGACAGCCUUGAGCGCGCAAGCAAUGAUACUGUCUUACCAUUUCUCGAUGGUAGUUCCAAGAGCACUGCCUUCGGUGCUGCGAGAACAGCGAACGGCUCUGUCCUCCUUUAUGCAGGUGACUGCGAAUCUGGUAGCGGCGAUGUUUGGAGUUUCGACUAUAGCAACGAUCAAGGGGGGUGGUCUCGUCGGGGUCUCAAGAACGACGGAGACACCCGUCGCGCACCGUAUUUCCUUGGAGGCACUGUUGCCUUUUCCUCCAGCCUCGCUCCUGAUAUGGACCAGCCAACUCUUUAUACUUAUGGAGGAAUGUGCGAGACACCCGAGUCUGGAAGUGAUGCGACGAACUGGCAGAGCAAUGCCAACUACACCAAAUCGAUGCUGAGACUCGCACCCCAUGAUAGCGAUGCUUUUACCUCGUAUGAGAUGAGCGUCGCUUCCAGUGGUGGACCAAAAAUACCCAUUGCAGGCUUUACUCUAACUGGUCUCACGCCCUCAAUGACCAAUAAAUCUGGCAUUGUGACGCAGCAGAUGAGUUAUGUACUUCUUGGUGGACAUACCAAGACAGCCUUUAUCAACAUGAGCACCGUCGCUGUGUGGAAUCUUCCCGCCGAGUCAUGGAGUUAUGUCAACAUUCAAGCUCCAGAUGUUGGUACGCCAAAGUCAGAUCUUGCUGUGAAGGAUACGAGCUCUCAGAAUCGCCGCAGGAGCACAACCACUGCGAAUAAUGUCUACAGUCGUUCUGGGCAUACUGCGACGCUCAGCGAGGAUGGAAGCUCUAUCAUCGUUAUAGGAGGAUGGGUUGGCGAUGUUAAUACCCCUGCUGAGCCGCAACUUGCGAUUCUCGAGAUGAGUGAGAUCUACAGCGGGUGGCAGUGGAAGAUCCCUGAUCAACAACCUGAUUUCAACGGAAUCUACGGCCAUGGCGCUGCAGUGUUGCCAGGAAAUAUGCUCAUGGUCUACGGCGGCUGGGAGUCUUCGGGCUCUUCCUCUCGGAAAGUCAAGCGUCAAGCCUCGUCUGGAACACUUCGCUUCUACAAUAUCACGUCAGGUUCAUGGGGAUCACAAUAUACAAACCCCGCCUCUAGCUCAUCGGAUGAUGAUAACGACGCGCCCAAGGAUGAUAACAAAGGAUCAAACUCGAAGCGCCUUGGCCUCGGUCUCGGCCUAGGCUUUGGUAUUGCUGCCCUGAUCGGCAUCAUCAUUGGUGCUCUGUGUUGGUACAAGAGACGGAGGCGACAUAUCAGCAAGCGAGAAGAAGCUGUCAGGGCGCUUUCUCAAGAUCCCAACUACUAUAACAACGAAUACCCCGAGAUGGUGGAAAAUGAUCCUUGGGGGCUCGAUAGUGCCCCUUGGUAUGGUACUGGCGAGCGAUCUCUAGGCUACGAGUCUAUGAGAGGCGCUCGAAGUGGUCAUCCUGGACUUCACAUCCCACACAAAUCUAUGGCAAGGCCGUCACGAGGAGGAUAUAUACCUACGGGACCACGGCCUACAAGUUUCCCGGGUCCAAUUCAUCCGAUUUAUGAGGACGAUGAAGAGGAACCCUAUCACAACCGAGGCCUUUAUGAUCACGUCCCGACUCCUACAUCAGAGGUUCCUUCAGAUCCUUUCCAGACUCCAGUCGCAGGCGUGGGUCCGAAUAAUAUUCCUCACCCCAUUUGCCUGACUCCUGGAGGUGGUAACAGAGCCUCGGCAACACCGAGCCCUGAGAGCCCGCGACAUGAUCCAGAGGUUCAAGAUUGGGUCACUGAAGUUGAUGCUGCGGAAGGACUACUUGCACGCAUGAAUAGUCGACGAAGCCAGAACCAAGGAAGCGUGGGUCACAGUCAGGGUCGUUCUUCACCAACGCGGCAUAACUCGACCCGUUCAGCUGCUCUACGAGAUGAUGAAUCGCGAAGCGGAUCUAACUUGUCCGAGUCAGCACGGAGCGCAGCGGAAAGCAUCAAGGCUAAAGCACGUCAACUCAACCCUCUCGCCCCAGCGUUCCUAGCCGCUGGUGCCGAGCACCCUAAGCCAGGCAGUUCGUCGUCUAGUAGUUACAACACAGCCCGCUCGUCAUUUGGUGUUCUUCAAGCAGAGGGUCCUUCGUUACUUAUGGGAGAUCGAGCUCCUCGCUACGAUGAUGAUGAUCCCUCGUCGCCGUCCAAGUCAAAGCCACGUAGGGGAUGGCUGGGCUCUCUUCGGCGAGUGUUCUCAGGGGCUAGUACCCCAACAUCAUCCCGCGAAGAUAUGUCUGGCAUACGCCGUUCGUUUGAUCAAGAGCCCGUGACUGGUGAUUACGAGCCCGGCCUGGUUGGUCUACGCGGUGAGCUUCUGAGAAGGAAGAAAGGUCGACAGGACUGGGAAGGUGUUGAAGGCGAUUCGCAUGGUGCUAUGAUGUCUGGCGGAGCCGGACUUGAGCCUGGAGCUGAGUCUGACUGGGAUAUUGAGAAGGCUGUUGAGCAGCGAUUGGUGCAGGUCAUGUUCACUGUCCCUCGGGAACGUUUAAGAGUUGUUAAUGGCAACGAGGAGGGCAGCGAUCGAGAGGACGAGGUGCCGAUGGAGCCACACAAGGCUGAGUUUGUUGACCCAGACAACGAGAGCCAGACAUCAGGAGGUGUCAGUAUUCGUGAGAAGCGGGAUGAACGUGGAUUUGGACAUGCUGGCAUUCGACCAGUGGCGGAGCCAAAGAGGGACGACGAGAUUAACGAAAAGCAACCGCUUGUUCAGGAUGAUCAAGAACAGCUAGAUAAGAGGCGUCGUCUUGAGGAAGAGGGACAGCGGCUGAUGGAUGAGAAGCGUGCCGAGGAACAACGUCUUGCAGAAGAGAAAUCUCGACAAGCACAACAGAAGGACAAGGAGUCUGAGAAGAGAGAGCUACCACAACCUACAUCACAAGAACAACAGCAACCCCCUCCAGAAACACUACAACAAGCGAAACCCCCUCAUCUUCAGCCACCUCAACCUCUCUUCCAGCGCAGCUCCCGGGAUUCUUCACCGUCGUCAUCGCGUUCUCCUUCUCCUCUACCAUCUCCUGGCCACCCCUCUCACUCAAGACGACACACGCGAGGCAACUCAAACAACUCUAUCGGCGGCUUCCUCCACCCAGAUCUGGCUCCACUAGAGCCACGCUUCUCGCACGAAACAGACCGUUCCUCGGGUGUACUUCUCGAAGCUCAAGCAGUUCCCCUCACACGAGAACGAGCUCGAACACGCGUCUUGGCUAUGGUCGAUAGUUUCGAGAGUCUAAGUCGCGAGAACAGCCCUAGUCCCACACGGUUCCAAUAG